AAGUAAAUUAAUGUCACCACAGUCAGUAUCGCAUACUGAUCCACUUUUGUAUUUUCUUUGGAAAAAACAAAUACUAAAAGUAAAAUAAAAUAAUUAUUUCCAGGUUACAGCAGCCCUCAAGUACUUCCGAGGCGACGUGAAAAGGCAGGAAGAACACUGCGACGAUUUGAAAGAUGGCGGCGCACACACAAAAGAAUAACAAACCGGGGAAACCUGGGGGAAAAGAGGCUCAGCCUCUGAUAAUCGCCAAAACCCCGGCGGAGGAACAGCGUCUGAAGUUAGAAAGGUUGAUGCGCAAUCCUGAUAAACUUGCUCCCAUCCCGGACCGACCGAAAGAAUGGAACCCGCGGGCUCCGCCGGAGUUCGUCCGGGAUGUGAUGGGCUCCAGCGCCGGCGCAGGCAGCGGCGAGUUCCAUGUUUAUCGGCACCUCCGCCGCAGAGAGUACCAGAGACAGGACUUUCUGGACAAGAUGGCAGAGAAGGUAGAUAAGGACCUGGACUAUCUGGAUAAGGUGGAACAAAACAAACAGGCUGCCGACGAGAGGACGGCCAAGCGCAGGAAGAAGCGCGAAAAGCUGAAGCAGAAGAAGCUGAUGGCAAAGAAGGCAAAACUGGAAACUAAAAAUAAGAAAGAAGACGACGCCGACAAGAGCUCGGAGUCCAGUGAAGAAGAAGAAGAAGAGGAGGAGGAGGAGGAAAGAGAGGCUGAGGACGAUGCAGAGGCCCCAAGCUUCAUCAUGGGGAAGAAAUGACUCUGGCCUGCAGUGAGUGGGUGAGACAUUACGAAGUCAUGGGGGAGAUGGACACAGCCUCACAAAGCAAGACAUUUGGAUCCCGUUGAAGAGCCCUGUACAAAAGGAAGCAAAGUGAUCCACUGCAAAGACGGAAAAACUGAACUGGUGGACCCUGUUUUACCUUUGGACUGGGCGGACUGCCUAGUUUAAUAGGCAGGACCCCCCCCCCCAGUGUAUGAUUUUAAGCAAGCAAUGGUCAUCAGUGUCCCAGUGUGAAAGAAGACAUGUCGGGGCACUUCUAAGUCUUUAUUAUGGUUUUUAUAAUCACUGUUUGUAGAUCUCAUGUUUCAACUGUCAGUCAUACUUGGGGUUUUCUUUAAUUUGCGAAAUUAGGAUUGUUGGAAAGUUUGGAAUCCUCUAUAUUUUCAAGUAAUACUAUUAAUGUUUUAAUAAAAAUGAGUGUUCAUAAUA